AUGGGGAGUUGUUGUGCAAUUAAAGGUAAGAAAUAGCAACCAGAAUAAGAAAUCAAUUGUGAGUAAGAAUAAGAAUAAAAUAAAUAAGAAAAAUAAAAUAUAACAUCUCCAAAGGUUGUGGCUGAUCCAGGAAGAAAACAACAUGAUCACAAAAUGGGCUAGUUUUUAAAUAUGGAUCAUAAAAGCCCUGAAUAGUAGCCUGAAUUAGAUAAUUAGGUUGAAUUACAAAAAAAAAAAAUAGAACCUAAUAAUUAACAAAAACACAUUAAAUAAGAAGAGUAAAAUAUAGCAUCUCAAAAAGUAGUGCCAGAACCAAUAAGAUAAAAAGAUUCAAAAUAAUAGAUAGAUCCCAUUUAUGUAAUUCUGCUUGGUACAGCAGGAGUUGGAAAAAGCAGUUUCUUUAGAUAAAUGGAAUUAUCAAAUAUUUCAAAUGAAACCGCAACUAGCAUUUCAAACUAUCAUGUAGGUAGUUUAGAUAAAUAAUAUUAUUUUGUGGACACACCAUCAUUUUAAUUAGAUGACGAUAUCGAUUAAAGAGAAGCUUUUAUUAAGGAAUUUUAAAAUUAUUUUGAUAAUAGAAAAGAUAUUUCCAGUUUUGGAAUUAUUGUAAACUUUGAAAGAACUGAUUUAAUGAAGAAAAAGGUAUUAUCAGUAUUAAAGUACUUAAGAAAAUUUAAAAAUAUCAUUUCAAUCAUAGUUGUAAACAUGGAAUUAAGCGAAAAUGAAGAAGGAGAUAAAAGUCAUUUGAGAAAUAGUUUCAAAUAUAUGGACUGUAAUUAAAUAAUAUUUAUUAAUAAAAAUAUGAAAUAAGAAGACAUUUUAAAAGAAAUUAAGUAAAUUAAUUUUAUACAAACCUAAAUUGACUUCACUGAUACCAUUUUUGAAAAGAUAACACAAAGCGAAGAAAAUGAAUAAUUGCGAACUUUAAAUCUUAAAAUAGCAUAACAAAUCUAAUGA